AUGAAUGAAACAACUUUUGGUGAUACUUACACACUCAAUAUAACAGAUAAAUUCAGAAUCGAAUCAAAUGAGACUACACCUCCAGGACAUAUAAUCGGCUACGAGAAUAUCAUAGACAACAAAUGGAUCCAAGGCUGCUUUUGCGUGAUAUACACGAUAAUAUUCGUCUUGGGACUACUCGGAAACUCUACAGUUUGCUUCGUCGUGAUCAGAAACAAAGCCAUGCAGACAGUCACAAAUUUAUUUAUUACUAACUUAGCGUUGUCUGACAUCUUAUUAUGCAUCUUCGGAGUCCCAUUUACCCCUUUAUAUUCAUUUCGAGGCUCUUGGAGUUGGGGCUCACUCUUGUGUCACAUGAUGCCUUCAGCACAAGGCUGCAGCGUAUACAUAUCAACUUUGACACUCAUGUCUAUUGCUAUCGAUAGAUUUUUCGUAAUAAUAUAUCCUUUUCGACCGAGAAUGAAGAUUGAGAUGUGCAUCACAGUCAUUAUAAUGAUAUGGACUUUUUCUAUAACUGUAACUCUACCUUACGCGAUAUUUAUGACUUACUUAGAUUUAGACAUUGGUAGAUUCUGCGAGGAAAAAUGGCCGACGGAAAAAAUGAGAAGAGUUUUCGGCUCAGUGACAUCUAUACUCCAAUUCGUUUUGCCUUUCACCGUGAUUGCUUUCUGUUACACGUGUGUUAGUUUCAAAUUGAAUGAUAGAGCCAAAGCAAAGGCUGCCAGCAAAAAUACUAGAAAAGAGGAAUUCGAUAAAAAUAGAAAGCGGCGCACGAAUCAAAUGCUCAUAGCAAUGGUAACUAUUUUCGGACUCUCAUGGUUGCCUUUAAAUGUCACAAAUCUGUAUAACGACUACUACACGUACGCUAUUCAUUCGAAAUACUAUUUACUGGCAUUUUUUCUAUGUCACGUAAUCGCAAUGUCGUCGACUUGCUAUAAUCCUUUUAUUUACGCGUGGAUGAAUGAGAACUUUAGGAAGGAAUUCAAACAAUUGAUACCUUGCAUCGAUACGACUGUACAACUAAGGAGCAACAUUCCAUUAGAGCAAUUAGGUGCGGGUCAAUCCGAGAAGACAUAUAAUGGGAAUACCACGACAGACAGUUAUGUAGGUUCAAGUUCCCAAAGAGCUACUUCGUUUAGACAUAAAAGGAAACCGAGUGCUGCAGCAGAUGUUGAAAAGAGUGGAGUUGAGUUGAAUGAAGAUUUGCUGACAGUAGACGUGAAACAUUGUCACAUAUCGACGAGCUACAAUUUAAGACGAGAAUCGGUUAAAUUGAGACUUAUUAAUGAGGAAUCUUUCGAUGUACCAUCGCAGAGUCAAUUCUAA